AUGCCACCACGGUCAGGUUUUCAGGAAGAUGACUUUCGCCUGCGUCUUUAUUUCAUUAUUGCUCGACCGCCGUCCUACGCAACAGGUUCUUCCCACUUCGGAAAGAAAAGCUUCUGUGAACCGCUGCGCGCCCUCCGACUCGUUUUCGGCAUCGCGACGCUAAUCGCCGCCAAAGCGGCGGCAGCGCGACUGCAGCCCGACCGCCGCUGUCGGCGAAGCGUUCCCAGGUGUGAGGGCCUCGAGGUCGCGACGCGAGCGCAAACGAGUUCCCCGGAGGGCGACCACCGGAACGACGUCCGCGCCGGCCUGAUGGGCGGCUGCCGCCCGAGCGAAACCCAGGCAAAACCAAAUCGAGUUUGGGCCACGUUCGGCAGCACCGGACUGAGUCCCCCGCGAUCGAGUGAGCGGUCCCCGUUUACCCCUGGGCGGUUUCACGUUCUCUUGAACUCUCUCUGCAAAGUUCUUUCAACUUUCCCUCACGGUACUUGUCGACUAUCGGACUCGUCCCGGUAUUUAGCCGGUGGAUGGGCUUACGACACAAUUUGGGCUGCGUGCCGAAGCGGUGACUCUCAGAUCGUGGAGACCGACGCUCGCCGUCCGCACCGAAAUGGGCCUGGCACCUGCCGCGGGCGGCCCGAUCGAGGAACUCCGAACUACGCGGACGAAAACGAUGCGGCGCCUGCGAUGAAGCGCCUCGCCCGCAGCCUUUACGGUAAGGAUUCGCGACGAACGAGGUACUACCCAGUUCACUCGCCGGGCAAAGUCCUGGUAGAGUUUCUUUUCCUCCGCACGGUCCAUAUGCUUAAGUUCAGACGGGUCGUCUCAAGACACGCCGGGGGCAGCGGUGUGUUUGAUUCGUAG